CAAUUUUGUAUCUGGCAACACAGACAGAGCCCACUCACGGCUGUCGUCACUGAGGUCAGGUAGACGGAGCGAAGAUGGCGACCGCCUACGAGAGAUACAAUUUGCACACUACCCCAGAGAAGUUCUUCAUUGAGGCCUGCGAUGAGGGGGCUGAUGCUGUGCUGGCAAUCGACAGGGUCUCAAAUGAGAUGACCCUGACAGGUAAAAAGGAUGUUCCUCCGUCAGCAGUCACCAGGCCUAUUUGUGGCAUCAUGGGAACCAUUCGCCUGGUAGCAGGGAUGUACCUGAUUGUCAUCACCCGGAAGAGGAACGUGGGCAGCCUCCUGGGCCACGCUGUGUGGAAGGCUGUGGAUUUUGACGUGAUCUCUUACAAGAAGACGGUGCUGCAUCUGUCAGAGAUCCAGUCACAGGAGAACAAGACCUUCCUGUCAAUGAUUAACAAUGUGCUGACUACAGACGGCUUCUACUUCUGCACUGACUACGACCUGACACACACUCUGCAGCGGCUGGCCAACACCAGCCCUGACUUCCAGGACAUGACUCUGCUGGAGAGGGCAGAUCAGAGGUUUGUGUGGAACGGGAACCUCCUCAGAGAACUGGCUGCACAGCCAGAGCUUCACAAGUUCGCACUUCCUGUCGUCCAUGGAUUCAUCGUCAUGAAGCCAUGUCGCAUUAACGGGAAGAUCUUUGAGUGGAUCCUCAUAUCCAGGAGGAGCUGCUUCCGUGCCGGCGUCAGAUACUAUGUUAGAGGCAUUGACUCUGAAGGCCACGCUGCUAACUUUGUGGAGACUGAGCAGAUCGUUUUGUAUGAGGGAGCAAAGGCUUCAUUUGUACAGACACGAGGCUCCAUGCCCUUUUAUUGGAGUCAGAGGCCCAACCUCAAAUACAAACCUAAACCUAUAAUCAGCAAAGCCACCAAUCACAUGGAUGGUUUCCAGAGGCAUUUCGAUUCUCAGCUCCUCAUCUAUGGGAAGCAAACUAUUCUCAACCUGGUGAAUCAGAAGGGCUCAGAGAAGCCGCUAGAACAGGCCUUUGCUAAGAUGGUGUCAGGCAUGAACAAUGGUAUGCUCAAUUACAUAGCCUUCGACUUCCACAAAGAGUGCAGCCACAUGCGAUGGGACCGUCUCCAGAUCUUAGUGGAUUCUGUUGCAGAGACACAGGAUGAAUACAGCUACUUCAUGGUGAACUCGGAGGGGAAGAUGGUGGCCGAGCAGAAAGGAGUCUUCCGCAGUAACUGCAUGGACUGCCUGGACAGGACCAAUGUCAUCCAGAGCCUGCUGGCCCGACGCUCCCUGCAAUCUCAGCUCCAGAGGAUGGGGGUCCUGAACGUGGGCCAGAGGAUCGAAGAGCAGGCUGAGUUUGAAAAGAUCUACAAGAACGCAUGGGCUGACAAUGCCAAUGCAUGCGCUGUACAGUACGCAGGGACUGGAGCCUUGAAAACAGACUUCACAAGGACGGGGAAGAGGACCAGAUGGGGGCUGCUGAUGGACGGCUGGAACUCCAUGAUCCGCUACUACAAAAACAACUUCUCUGAUGGAUUCAGACAGGACUCCAUCGACCUGUUUCUGGGUAACUUUGCUGUUGAUGAGUCAGAUGGACCCACUCCUCUUCGUGUGCAGAAGGACUGGAAGUUCCUCACGCUGCCCAUCAUUAUGCUGGUGGCAUUUUCCAUGUGCAUCGUGUGUCUUCUCAUGGCUGGUGACACGUGGACAGAGACCCUGGCUUAUGUGAUGUUCUGGGGGGCCGCCAGUGCAAUUACAGCCACUAUCAUCCUGUUUAACGGCCAAGACUUUGUGGACGCCCCUAAACUGGUUCACAAGGAGAAGAUGGACUGAGUGCUGUUGUGUGUCUGUGUGUGUGUGUGUCUGUCUGUGUGAGUGUAAGAGGAGCAGCUGUGCCCCACAGGCUCAUAUACCUCGUCAUCUUCACCGCCUUCUUCCCCAGGUCUGGACUGUAAACUGAUCUGCUGCCUCCACACUGCCCUCAGACUUUCUCAUCCAGGACCCUUUUUCUGUCAUUCAUCUACAAUGUACUUUACCUCCUUCAGUGGUACUGCACAUUGUCCUUCACACGGUUUACAUUCCACAUACCGUAUCUUUCGGUUGGUUUUGCUGGUUUCGUCGGUGUUAGGUUGUCAGCUAUACAGAGGGUCAGUGAUGGGACUUAACUGUUUCACUACUGCUCAUUUCCUUAUUUGUUUACCACUUAAACAGUUUUUUUUAAUCUGUUAAAAAUGUUGUAACAGGCAAUUUCUUACUGUACUUCAUUACACCUUUAAUUAAAGGCCCUACACACGCAGGUAUUCUCCACAUACUAAUAAAAAUAAUUAAAAGAAGAGUGACUUCCACCUGUCAAGUUCACAGGUGUAACUAAGCAACAAGAGUCUGAAACACCUGUGUGGGUGGAUUAUGGGUGAAUAGGGCCUUUAAAGCUGCAUUGUAUGUGUUUGUUUUUUUUUUUUUUUUUGACUGCUUGUGAGGGAAAAACACAACAGCAUCUAACAUAGUUUAUUUGUUGUUGGGCUUGUGAUGUACAGGGAGUUACCAGAGCUUUUUCUCUACAAACAGCUUCUUUCCGCUGCUGGAAAUGAGGCUGAGAAGAAGAGGUGUUGAAUGUAAAACCAAAACAAUGAGCUGAAAGGAGCUAAAGAGCUCGGCAGUACUUCAGAGUUGGGUGAUAAUUGUUCAUUUUGAAAAAUAUCGAUCAGUGCAACUUUAAAGUAACGUAAUCGUAUUCAUCCCAAACAGAUGAUUGUUCCCUUUUAUGUCAGUUAACCCUAAACCGUCACAUCCAAAGAUGUGGCACUUAAACAUAUGCACAUGUUGAAACGUGUAUGUUGUAUCUACAUGAUGAAUAGAGCACUCUAUACAGUGUGUACAUGUUGAGUUUUUAAUGUAAGAAGCCUUACAAACUUGCACAUGAAAUAUAAAUGGCUAAUCUGUAUGUAACUGGAGUGAACAGUAUGUCUUCCUAUUAAGCUAAUCUAACAGAGUAUCUAUGAUGGUUCUGUUUUAUUAAUGGUUUAGUUUUUUCCUUACUAUCUUUUUUUUUUUUUUUGCACUUUGGAGAUCCAUGAAAUGUUCUGCCUGCACACAGCAAGCUGUUAAUGAUUUAUCUGUUUGUGAUGGAGUGUUAGAACUCAAGAGUGUUUUCUUACCAGGAUCCAAACCUCUGCAUCUUCCACAUCUUUGAUUUGUUCAGAACUUCAUUCACGGUUUGGACCAUUUUAAGGCUUGUAGACAGGAUUAAAAAUGAGGACACAGUCCUCCUAAAUCUCAAGUUAGCUACUUAGCUACAUCCGUAAAAACUGGCAGCAGGAAAAUGGCCAAGUGUAGGUGAGAUCAACACAGCUAAACGGGUUGUCAUAAGUCAUCUUAAAAACAUACAAAGGGUGAUUGAUAAGUUUGUGGGCUAAGAUAGAAGGAGUCAACUUUUAGAGAUCCUAGCAAAGCUGUAGAGCAGAUGGAUCUCUUCUUUGUAGAAGUUUGCAUCUUGGAACUCCAGAAAGUGGUCCACAGUCAUGAUGACGCCACUGAGCUUUCUUCUUCAUCUCGGUGUAGAGGUAGUAUUCUGAGGUCAAAUGAGACCAAGGAUUUCCUUGGGUGAUAAAGCCUUGAGACCCAGGCUUUACACAUCAUCACAGACAGAGAUGAUGUCUAAUUUUUACUUACUUGAAACCGAAACAGCAGCAGCAGUCUACCUUAGGCCACGAACUUAUUAAUCACCCCAUGUAAGAACGCUGUCAUUUUUCGUCGAUUGGCUGGGAAAAGGCUAUUUGCUCCUAGAAACCACUACUGCAGCUUUGGUGUUGCCUGAAAAUCAGUUUCAUGUUUUUUCUUUCUUUUUUUCUGAGUGAUGCAUCCAUCUCAUCCACAGUGUUUUCAGUGAACACAGAAGCGGCUAAAGCGGUUUGUAGGAGCAGCUAGCUUUAUGUUUUUUUUUUUGUUUGUUUUUUUUUUUUUUUCUGGCAACAAUAAGAGAAAUACUUCAGGGUUGUCAUUUCUGCAAGUCAACUUAAAACAGCCCAUACAGCUGUGUACAUCUCAGUCCUGUGGGUUGCAAUUUUUGUGGCCCUGUUUCUACCUCUCUGUUUCCUGGGUGCAGCAACGUAGCCUGUUAUAUAGCACCUACAGAGCUCUGGUUAGUUCAUGGUUUCCCUAUCAGUGAUCGCAACACCAGAACUCAUGAUUCUCUGCACAAAUCAGAGAUGUGGGCAAGGUCUGGGAGGGACCAGGUUAACGUGUUUGUCCAAAACAUUUAGAGCACACCAGUUUUUAACAGAAUGACAUAUGUGUGUAUGUUCUAGCCUGUUGAUCUCGGUCUCCUUGGGUUGAUCCAUGGCAGCAUGAGCUGCUUUUACCAGUUUCUUUUAUUUGUUACUAUCAUUGGAGUCUGAAUGUUUCAAAUUCUGCACAUUGUGACUUCAGUUCAGUUUCAGUGUCUCAUUAGUUUGAGUUAACAGGCUUCUGUACCUUCUUAUCAUUCCUCUCAUUUUUUAAAAAAAAAUGGUGUCCUAGGAGAGAACAGUCUGAGGUGAAAGGAAGAGGACCUGCUCAUCACGUUGCUAUUAUGACCAUUACUAUUUCAUAUCUUUAUAUUACAAGAUAAUUAAUGCAGUGUCUUGUCAUAGGAGUCUUAAGAGGUUAUAGUAGCACCACAGAAACAUAGUGUGUCGAGUCAAAACAGUUUAAUUAAACUGGGAUCUCAGACCUAAGAACUUACUGGUAACCGUGGAGGGUUAGCGGUCUGUAAUCUACCACGCACCCAUUUAAUAAUGUUAAGUUUCCUGUUUGCAUACCGAGGUUUGGGGUUUUUGUUGCUCCAGCCUAGAAUAGAAUGAGUCCCAACUCCUGUCUUGGAUCACUGCCUUACACAGCUGCCCUUCGGUGGACAGGGCACAGACAUUUGAACCUUUCACAUAAUCAUUGAACAUUGGAUCGGGCUCCGAAACCGUCCUCUGAUGUUGAUCUUAGAUGUACUGUCGUUCUAGGUGAAUCGGUCGCCAUCCCUUCUUGAUCUGUGAAUGACUUCAUAAAUGAGCUGUGUGGUGUUAACUUUCAA